AUGGCGCCAAUCGACCGGUGCUUGGCCUCCAUGGCCAGGCUCAGCCUGACGCAAUUCUCCCAGGUCGCGCGGCCGUCGGCGACGUCCAUCCCCCGGUUUUUGGCACCCGCCCUGCUGCAACGCCGUCGGGCCUCCGUCGUGAGGAUCAAGAAGACGGUGAAGAAACGACCGCUCCCCAAGGACUUUAAGAGACACAACUUGGAGAAGACGCAGUUUCCUCGGUUCUCGUUGUGCGAGGCCAUGCGCAUUCUACGAGCUGUCGAGGUCGGUCAGCCCCCGGCGUCGAUCAAGUACGAGAUACAUGUCAAUCUCAAGACGUCGCGAAACGGCCCCGUCAUCAAAAACAGCAUCCGCCUUCCGCACCCGGUCCAGAGCGACUGGCAGAUUGCCGUCGUCUGCCCCGAAGGCAGCGACAUCGCCACCGCCGCCACCGCCGCCGGUGCCGUUGCCGUCGGCGAGGAGGCCCUUUUCGAGGCCAUCCGCAAGGAGGAGAUUGAGUUUGACAGGCUCAUCUGCCACGAAUCGAGCGAAAAGGCGCUCAACAAGGCCGGGCUCGGCAAGAUCCUAGGUCCCAAGGGGCUCAUGCCGAGCAAGCGGAUGAAGACAAUCGUCACCGACGUCGCCAAGUCGAUUCGCGACUCGGCCGGCGCCGCAGACUUUCGCGAGCGUCAGGGUGUCAUUCACAUGGCCAUCGGUCAACUAGGCUACACGCCGGAUCAGCUCAAAGCCAACGUGCAGGCGCUUCUCAAGAAGGUUAAAUCGGAUUGUUCCGACAUUUCGGAAGAGUCAUCCAAGGAGGUCCACGAGGUCAUCCUGAGCUCAACGCACGGACCCGCGCUGAGCUUGAGCGGAAAGUUCAGGGACGAGGACGACGAAGUUGCACCGGAGGCACUGUCCCAUGUCAUGUAA